AUGGAACCUACGUUUCCGCUAUUUCGACUACCCGAGAAUGUCAUCAUCAAAGUGAUUAAGAAUUUGAGUAUAGAUCCAUUGUUCGAAUUCUCUCUAAUCUCAACGAAAACUAAGAAUGUCGCGGCGUCAUUGGGAACAACAGCUCACGCUGUUCGUAUCACCAUUUUUCGUGAUGUUGAUGUAUCUGUGUACUUUGGUUCCUGUAUUAUGGGGCUCACUUUUUAUAGCAAUUCGGUUGAUGCAUUGAUUCAUUUGGACUCAAAUCAACCUAUUUCUGCUCAUUCUGUCAAUGUAAACAGAUUAGUUCGAUCAUCGACUCCAUUCAGUUUCAACAACUGGUUAGAUCAUAUUCAAUCAGUGUUCUGUUGUAAUAAACCACCAAAUGUGAUUUUCUGGCACGGAAAUGAGCGAUUUGAAAUGGAAUCGUUAAAAAAUGUCAUAAAAAGUGUCGAUCACCUUGUUGUAUUUGAACACAAUACUGUAUUCCGGAUUAGGGAAAUUUUGAAAUAUUUCAAAAAUCCCAACGAAUUAACUCUAGAAAGGAAUCCAUAUGAAGAAGCUUGUGAAGUUCAGAAGUUCUUCAUUCAAAACUACAACAAUCUCGUAUUUCGUGAUGAUGUCUCACUUGAUGAUAUUUUAUUGGUUAACAGUGAGAGAGUCGAAUUAUCCCGUCCAAUAUCUCAAAAACAGUUCAAUCGAUUUCUCAAGCAUUGGAUCCAUGGAUCUAAUCCAAGACUGCAAUACAUGAAUCUAUUCAUCGAUACAACUGAUUUAAUCAGGGAAAAUGUGUAUUUAAAAGGAAUCGAAUGCUUGGAAAUAAGUGAAGAGUCGAUGAAAGAAAUCCGUCAAAACCACGGAAUUGACGAUAAUGAUAUGGUUCAGAUCAAACGGAACGAAGGGACAGCUGCAGUGAUUGCGAUGAAGGACUGUGAAACUUUUCUUUAUGUUCGUUUUUAUGUUUUGUACUAA